AUGGUCGGAAUUUUGAAGAACUACCCUGAGUACAGCUUCGUGCUCGAUUACAAGGACUUUUAUGCGGCUGAAGCGACCGGCAUCUAUCCAUUCACCGGGCUGACGUUGCACAUGAAUGCGUGUGUUGUAGCGGUGAUAAUGAUGUUGGAAGGAAAUGUUGUGGGAGGCUUCAUGAUGACCCACGCUUUCUGGAUGCUGGAUGGCCAUGUCAGAUUGAGCACGCAGACACGGAGGUUACAUGUGAAAUUGAUGAAGGCGUUGCUUCUUCAGCUGGCUGUACCAUAUUUAACCCUGCUGUGCCCUUGGGGCCUUUUUACCGCCGUUCAGUUUUGCUCAACCGUCACCGAGCUGCUGCUGCACAUGCUCAAGGGCGAAGUCCUCUUUCCGGCCUUCGUCUUCAGGUGUUGGGGAGUGGCUUGUACGACGUUUGGACUAGGAGUCAAAGUGCCAUUUGGACUGGCGGGGCUCGCAAUGAUGAGCCUGGUGUUCGCCAUCUCGCACUGCGUCUUCUAUCGGCACCGGCAGGAAUUCCCAGUCUUUUCCUAUGCCCGACACGCCAACCCGCCGUUCUGGGCUUUGGAUACCGGCAAAAAGCUGGCGAUCGUGGGCCUGCCCGCAAUCUACGGCUUCAUGACGGGCAUGAUGAUCCUGGGAAGUCAAAUAAUUUUUCCAACGUUGACUCUAUGGGUUCCCUGGGCAGCGUACGGAUUUUUGAUAGUAUUUAGUGUCGUCAUCCCAACAGAAAUCAACAAUUUCCUCUUUGUCGCGAACGCCUCCCACUCGCAGAUCGCCUCCCUGCUCCUCGCUUUUUUCACAGAUUCAUACCGAAAUUAUAUGUUUCAUGCGAUUGCGCCGUUUAUAGGGUUUGCACGCAGGAAAAAGAAGAUUAUUCAUGUCACCGCAACGGCCGGUGAUUCUUCAGGAGGUCGACCGGUCACACGA